AAAUAUAAUGGAUUUUGUAAUUUCUGCAUCGGGACGGUUCAGUUGGACUGCCAAAUAUACCAACGUUUCCAAAAAAUAAAGGUUCGGAUGUCUUUAACGGUAAGGUGAUUCAUUCUAUGGAUUACUCCAAUAUGAAUAGCGCAGCUGUUGCUGAAUUGGUGAAAGGAAAGCGAGUCAUCAUUGUGGGAUAUCUUAAAUCGGCAGUGGACAUAGCUGCUGAAUGUGCUAAUAUUAAUGGACCAAAAUAUCCAUGCACUAUGAUAGUUCGAACAAAAAGAUGGAAUGUAUCCCAGAUGACAGUAUGGGGCAUCCCCAUAAGUUACAUGUAUUUAAAUCGUUUCUCAGAAUUGUUGGUACACAAGCCAGGAGAAGGACUCAUAUUAAGCCUCUUAGCCACAAUCCUUUCCCCUUUGAGGUGGAUCUUCUCAAAGUUUACAGAGAGCUACUUAAGGAAAACAAUCCCGAUGAAGAAGUAUGAUAUGAUUCCAAAGCAUAGUUUCUUUCAAGGAGUAGCUGCUGGUUUGUUUUGUAUAUUACCAGAACACUUUUAUGAAAAAGUAGAAGAAGGAAGCAUCAUCUUAAAACCUAGUAAGACUUUUGAAUUCAUUAAGAAUGGUGUCCUCACCGAAGGUGAUGCCACCCCAAUAAAUGCUGAUGUAGUGAUCUACGCUACUGGGUACAAGGGUGAUCAAAAACUCAGAAAUAUGUUUAUUUCUCCUUGGUUCCAAAAGAUAGUGGUUGGCACAGAAGAUACAAUUGUUCCUCUCUACAGAGAGUGCAUACAUCCACAAAUUCCACAAAUGGCCAUCAUUGGUUAUUCUGAGAACCUAUCAAACCUCUACACUUCUGAGAUGAGAGCGAGGUGGUUAGCUUGUUUCCUUGACAAUGGCUUCAUAUUGCCAAACAAAAGAGACAUGGAGAAGAAUAUACUCGAGUGGGACAAUUACUAUAAGACAUAUUCUGGCAAUUCAAGUGAGUGCUAUCGUAGGUCUUGCAUCGCCCCAGUUCACACUUGGUAUAAUGAUCAAUUGUGCAAAGAUAUGAGAUGCAAUCCUAGAAGGAAGAAGGGGUUUUUUGCAGACCUGUUCCUUCCAUAUGGUCCUAUAGAUUAUGUUGGGCUCGAGUUGAAAAAAUAAUAGAUAUGACCCUAAGUAUUAUGUUAAACUUGAUUUGAAAAAUAAUAAUAAUAAUGGCAUCAAGUUGAUGAAUAGAUAGAUGAUUGUUAAUAUCA